AUGCCAAACAAUAACAACAACGGAGGUUCCUCAAUGGAAGAAUUCAAACUUGCAGUGGUUGGAGGUGGAGGUGUCGGCAAGAGUGCUCUCACUGUGCAAUACAUUCAAAACAUUUAUAUUGAGGAAUACGAUCCCACCAUUGAAGAUUCCUAUCGAAAACAUGCCAAAGUUGAUGACAAGGCUUGUUUCUUGGAAAUUCUCGAUACAGCUGGUCAGGAGGAGUACAAAGCUUUGAGAGAUUCAUACAUGAGAACAGCGGAUGGUUUCUUAAUGGUUUAUUCAGUCAUUGAUCGAAAGACCUUUGAAGAAAUUAAUGAAUUCUAUGAACAAAUCUUACGAGUGAAGGAUUGUGAUAAAGUUCCAAUGGUUCUCGUGGGAAAUAAGUGUGAUUUGGAAUCGGAACGAGUGAUUCGUUUGGAUGAAGCCAAACUCUAUGCCAAACAAUUAGGAAUUCCAUUAAUGGAAACCAGUGCCAAGCAACGACUGAAUGUGGAUGAUGCAUUCACGGCAUUGGUGAGAGAAGUGAGAAAGGCUAAGAAACCAUUUGGUGGUGAUGAGGAAGAAAAGAAGAAGAAAAAGAAGAUUUGUACCAUCAUGUAA